AUGCGAGUACCUCCUCUGAUCUCGACACCGGAGGCUUUGAGGACGGAGCUGGACUUAUUGAAGGCGUUGGAGGACAUUGAGGCGGCUUUUAGCAUUAUUAAGAAGGAGACGAAGACGUCGAAUGUCCAUCCGGCGGAUAGGAAUUACGUCAACCUGAAUUGCAAGAUCAGACCGGUGGCUGUUGGAGACAAAAUGGAUAAGUUAAUCAAAGACUAUGUUAGUGUAACUCAUGCUCCAACACACUCUUCCUACGAGCUGGAAGUCUUGCAAACCUUUGAGUUGGAUAAGAGUGGAGAGGUGGAAUCUUUUUGUGACUACGGCACGAGACGGCUUUUGUGGCACGGAAGUCGCAUAACCAAUUGGAUGGGAAUCUUGGGUCGUGGUCUAAAGAUAGCGCCACCUGAGGCACCUUGCACGGGCUAUAUGUUUGGCAAGGGCGUCUACUUUGCUGACUGCGCUUCCAAAUCCGCCAAUUACACUUACCCUACGUCUAACAAUAAUGUUGGAAUCAUGGCUCUUUGCGAGGUCUCUCUUGGUGAAAUCAAUCCCCUCGUGAAUGCAGAUUAUAACGCCAAUCAACUCCCUGAGGGGAAGCACAGUGUUCAGGGUGUCGGUCGCAAUAUGCCUGAUCCGUCUACUUGGAUUACUUUAGAUGAUGGCGUAGUUGUACCGUGUGGAAACCUCAUCGAAUCGAAGGUGGACAAUGCCACACUUUGGUACAACGAGUUCAUUGUUUACGACGUGCGGCAGAUACGCCUUCGCUAUCUCGUUCAACUAAAGUUCAAGUACAAAUACUAA